AUGAAGGAAGUUGGCUCAGCUGUGGAUGAAGUUUGGGCUCAGUUGGGAAGCUUUGGUAGAUAUACGCGUAUACACUAUGCCCUACUUUUAGUGCCAUGUUAUUUAUAUGGAAUGUAUGGAUCGGUUUACAAUUUUGAAGCUAUGGAUAUUAAUUACAGAUGCAAAGUUCCUCAAUGCGAGGGAAUAAAUGAAACGUUAUGGUUGGAGUAUGCCAUACCAAAAGAAAAUAAUAAGUUAUCAAAAUGUAACCGAUAUCGGUUUUUGAAUGAAACGGAUCAAUGCGACAUAAAAGGUUUUAGUGGGGAGAUUGUAGGCUGCGAUUCCUAUGUGUAUAAUGGGGUGGAUUCCGUGGUGAAGGACUUUGACCUGGGUUGCCAGAAUUGGAAGAGGACACUCAUAGGAACUAUGUAUGGAGCCGGCUUUUUCAUAUCUCUAACUACAACUGGUAUUCUUUCCGACAAAUAUGGAAGGAUCAAAGCACUAGCUGUGGCGUCAUUUUCCUCAGGAGUUUUUGGUUUAAUCAGAUCGUUCUCAAUCAACUACGAAAUGUUAAUCGCUACUGAAUUUUUGGAGACUGCUUUCGGCGCUGGCGCAUAUAACGCUGCUUUUGUAUUAGGCAUGGAACUUGUGCAACCAAAGGGUAGAGUCUUCGGCAACACUUUAAUAAACUUUGCAUAUAUAAGCGGGACUAUGACUCUCUCACUUUUGGCGUGGUAUCUUCAGAACUGGAGGUAUCUCCUUAGAACCAUAUACACACCAGCUAUUUUUAUUAUCACCUACUUAUUUGUGCUUAACGAGAAUCCUCGAUGGUUGCUUUCCAAGGGUCGGUAUGAGGAAGCCCUUACAGUUAUUAAGAAGGCAGAAACAAUGAACAACGUUAAAAUACGGGAAGAGGUGUUGACAUCUUUGAAAGCUGGAACUAACCAGAAAGAAAUAGAGGCGCACGAAAGUUUUUUAUCUGUUCUCCGGAAAAUGUUAGGAUCGAAAAUAAUUGCUUUUAGAGUAUUAUUAUGUUGUUAUCUGUGGAUGACCUGCUCGUUUACAUACUAUGGUCUGUCAAUUAAUUCUGUGUUUUUGGCGGGAAAUAAAUAUUUGAACUUUUCGAUCGUGGCCUUUGUAGAAAUACCGGCCAAUUUUGUAUGUUUCAUGAUUCUGGAUAAGUUUGGGAGGAAAAAGGUUUUAGUAACAGUAUACAUGUUGAGCGCAAUAUUUUGUAUGAGUUUAUCAUUUAUUCCUGAAGAUCUAUCAAUAUGGCGCCUGGUCCUUUAUUUAUGUGGCAAGUUUUCUAUUACCAUAGCAUAUAGUACGGUGUACGUUACAGUUUCUGAAGUAUUUCCUACUAAUGCUAGACAGUCCCUGUUGGCGUUUUGUGCAACUACGGGCCGUAUUGGGUCUACUUUAGCACCACAGACACCCUUAUUAGCGCUGUACUAUGUAAAUUUGCCUACAAUAUUUUUCGCUUGUGUUGCGCUAUUAGCCAGCAUGUUGGCGUUAACUUUACCAGAAACGAUUAACAAAACCUUACCAGACAACUUGGAGGAAGCCAAAAGUUUCUCAUAA